ACAAGGAAACGAUCCAAUUUGCCGUUUAGACGAUGGUGUUUAUCGGCGUUUUCCAAACUGAAGAAUGGCGACGGCUGAAAGUCAGGCUGAAACAGCAAUUUUUGAAAAACAUAACAAACGAAAUUUAUUUACAACGACAAAAGACGAUAAAAUUCCGUCGUGGAAUGAUCUUGAAUAUAGUAAGCAGAAGAAAUCUCCCACAAUGAGGGAAGAAGUUGGUUCAGAACGAAUAUACGAAGUGAAUUUGCAUGCAUCUGAAAUCGUUAAAAUUGACAACUUCGAAAAGUUUCCGAAACUGCGUUGUUUAGACCUUUCGUGCAAUCAAAUAGAAGUUAUAGAGGCAUUAGAUAAAAAUGUAGAGCUUAGAGUGCUGAAAUUAUAUUCGAAUAAGAUCAAAAACAUUGAAAGACUUGAGACUUUAAAAGAGCUCUGCAACUUACAGUUGCAGGACAAUGAGUUGUCUUAUAUUGGAGAUGGCCUGCACACUUCAAAAAAGUUAAAAUCUUUGCGUCUGGAUUGCAAUAUAAUUCAAAGCAUUUCAAUGUCAGAGAUUUCUGCAUGCUCAAAGCUGACUUAUCUUAAUGUUUCAAGCAAUAGCCUCUCUGACAUCUCCUUCAUCAACUGCUUACUUCAUUUGGAAGAGUUUUAUGCCUCACAUAAUAAAAUUUCCAUAAUCCCUAAUCUUGGCCGAUGUAAAAAACUGGAAGAACUGGAUAUCAGCCACAACAAAUUGUCCAGUGCUGUCAAAUUACAGAGCUUACCUUCAAUAAGAGUUUUACACCUGGAAUACAACAAAAUCUGUGACUUUAAUACUUCACGGCCGGUUCCGACAUUAGAGCAGUUAUACCUUGGUAACAAUAAAAUUGGAUCUAUCAAGGAAGUACCCUCAAUGUUCCCAUCUUUGGAAGUUUUAGAUGUGCAAUCUAAUAACCUAGAUAAUCUUGAUGAAUUGACUUUACCAUUGUCCCAAUGUAUUCAUCUUCAAGAAUUGACAAUCAUUGGUAACCCUUGUUAUGACUCAAUUACAUUUGACCAUGAAAGUUUAUCAAUGUUAUUACCCAACCUGGAGUUGUUAAAUGGUGUGUCAACUAAGCAACCUCAAUCUUCUCAGAGUAAAACUCAACCACCAAUGCGACCCAUGUCUGAAACAAAUCUAGUCAGCAUCGGACUUUUGGAGGAACAAAUUUCGGCAACCAUACAUUGCCAAGAUACUUUUCAGUCAAACAUUGCGACAAAGUUUGGUCUGGUUUAUGAUUUGUUGAAGAAACUUCCUAAAACUUUGUCCAGUGACAUUGGCUUUUCAAAUCAAGUUGUGGAUGGUGACAGGAAGUUGACAAAGCAUUUUAUUAACGAAAGGACUGGAAACCAGUCUUUGCCAGGCAGUAACGACUAUUCAGAGCAAGUCUCUAUCAAUAAUAAAUCAUCUGUUCAAAACAGGAGACCUUCAAGUCAAUGUAGUAAUCGCACAAGAAUAGAGGAUGCAAUUAUGUUUGCCAAACAACACUUUGACAAAUAAUUUGACUUUAUUCUGGUCAUUUCCUAUACAUUUACUAUAUAAAUACACCUUAUACAAUCUAAACACAUUUUUUGAUAUUCCUUUGUCACAAUAUCAACUAAUGCUAACUAUAUUAUAAUAUAGAACGUAAAUUUAUUACAUUAAUCACAUGGCAAAAGCUACCUCAUUGAUAAAUUACACUUUCAGCAAACAUGUUCAUUGUUGAAAGAAACAA